AUGUCCGAUCGUGAAUUCAGCUCAAACGACGAUCUGUCGCUUCCCAAAGCCACGGUCCAGAAAAUCAUCACCGAAAUCUUGCCUCCCAGCUCCGGUCAAACCUUUUCCAAAGAUGCGCGCGACUUGCUCAUGGAAUGCUGUGUUGAAUUUAUCACCCUGAUCUCCUCCGAGGCCAAUGAUAUCAGCGAGAAGGAAGCCAAGAAGACAAUCGCAUGUGAACACGUUGAAAAGGCCUUGCGCGAUCUUGGUUUCAGUGACUACAUUGCCGAUGUUCUCUCCGUUGCCGAGGAACACAAGCAGCAGCUCAAGUCACGAGAGAAGAAGCAGAGCAAGAUGGAGCAAAGUGGCCUCACAGAGGAGGAGCUUCUACGGCAACAGCAGGAGCUGUUCCGUUCCGCGACGGACAAGUACAAUGCCGGACCUGAAUAG